AUGUCUGAAGCCACAUUAACUGUACGCCGAUCAUAUGCAGAACUAUACGCACAUGCAGCCUUGAAUAGCAUUGAAAAUUGGACCGACCUUCCGGAGCUGCCGACCCCGGCAAUGGAUCUCACUGGUGGAUCGCCCCGGUGGAGCUCGCUGCAUCCCAGUGCCCCGUUGAAGCUAGAGUCAGUUGUGGCCCUUGUGUUGCUCGGGGUGUACGAAUAUUGUCAGCGGGGUAACUUCUCGAAGAUGCGCUCUCGAGCCAACAAGGCUCUGGCAACAGCUGUCGAUCUGCCGCUAUACAUUGCCAACCUGGAGGGAUCAAGGUGCUCAGAUGCACAAAGUCGAGCCUGUGUAUCAUUCUUCGAUUCAGAAUAA